UCUGAACUGACAUCUGUUUCACAAAACGUGAAUGAAUCAGUGUUACUUUUAUAUGUUAAUUCUACCAUUGCGAGAAAUGCAUGUGGGCACUGGCAGUGCAGUCCAUGUACACAAUGCAAUUCUUACCCGCAUUUAGUAUAGGCACCACAAAUGAGAUGAACCAACUUCACAUUGACACAACAUUGGCCUCCAUGGAUAACAAAAGGGAUGUAUAUUCUUGGCCAACAGGCUGGAAAGAUCUCCACAAACGCUCCCCUCUUCCUUUAGUUGUUGACGAAUCUAAAGAUCCUGUCAAGUUGAAAGAGGACGAUCAUUUUGGGGCUGACCUUCCUAAGUUGCCUUCGUAUAAAAGUUCUGAUAUUCCUUCUUUGGAUGGCGAUGUUCAGCAGAGGAGACAGACAUUGAGACGCCAAGGGAAGAUCUACGUUGGUAUUGGUUCCCUAUUCCCACCUUUGCAAGAAGCUGUUCUUAGUCUUUCCUUGGACGAAGCUUCUGAAGGAGCCGGUGCAACAAAAUACACUGAGGUUGAGCUACACCGACAGCCCUCGUUUCAUAAUGAACUUGCCAAUGGUUCUCAAGACUGCAAUGACAAGACUUCAAGCAAGAUUGAUAUCCUUAUCUUGGAUAAUGUCACCAACACGGAUGAUGGGUUGAAGGGACAGGAGAAGAACCAUGAAGUAGGUUAUGCUAUUUAUCAUAAUGGAAUGUACUUUGAGGUGCGGGACACCCACGAGACUAAACCAGCUCUUGAUAAGCAUGAGCUGAGACUUAACCCUGGCAAUGAAAGACAAAUGCAAGAAGAAUAUAUUAGUGAACAAUUGAGGAAUUCUCCUUCAUUCACACGCGACCAUGGCGGCCUACUUGGUGUUCAUACAAAGGAGUACAAUCAUCCAUCGAACAGCCUUGAUUACACAACAUCAAGGAAAAAAACUGUCACAUUUACUCCAGACCUGAGUGUGGAUAUUGAAGACAAGGGAAGCGUUGGGAAACUUUCACCUCUGUAUCACAGGGGCUGUUCCCGCGGGAAAAACAUGUUAUCCCCAGAUCAUAAAGAAAGGACACGCUCUCGAACAAGCACAAGUGGAAGAAGCUCGAGGAAAGACAGCCUACGACUGACACCCGAAACACCCCCGCAUUUUAAUGUGACCCAAAGUGACAAUUCGUCAGAAAGAAAGGGCAGCCCGUGGAAGAAGAGGUUUCAGGAAAGGCUUGAGCACAUAAAUAGACGCAUUGCCCAUAAUACAAGGGGUAAACCUAAGACAUGUGGACUCCCCCUAGGAGGAGCCAGAUCUCCCAAGAUUGUGAUAGAUGAAACAACUAACGAGACUGGGAAACGGACUGUAGGUGAGCAUGUGCACUCUCAGUCGUCAAUAAAAAAUGGUGAGUUUCGUGAGAAAAAGGACUCAUGGUCAACUCAUAGCAAUCAGACUGAUGUCCCCAGUGACCAAACAAUUGCCGAAUAUAAUCAUCUAAAUCUCCGGGGAACAUCGGUUCAUGUCAGAAAGGACAGACGGGAUGGAUCAAACGCUUUCAGACGCCAGGGACAUCCAGAGGUCGUGUUGACCUCAAGUGGAUUUGGAAUCCCUGAAAGUGGACACAGAGUGAGCUCCAAGGUAGCUGCAACAGCAACAAGGAGGAAGGAUUAUGUGUUCCAGUUCUCCAAAACAGAAACCCCUGUAUCUACUGGACAUAGAGUGCCAAGGAGUGGCGGCAUAGAGGAAUGGUCGGUGGAGUACCUGGGGGUGGAUGCACACAAGUACAGCCAAGACAGGAACAUGUGGAAACAAUCUAGUGGUGUUCCAACCCGCGCUUCAACCCGCGCUUCAACUCGUGCUUCAACAAGUGGUACAACCACCCAGAAUUACAGUAGGACCUCUAAAGGAAGAUCGGAUUGGGGGAAGGAGGGCUUGCUCUCAGCGGGACAAAGCGAUACUGAAAUGCCUAUUUUCGUGAGGAUGGAUUCAUCAGAGGGGCACGAUAGAAAUCAAAUAGCAACUCUGCCUAUUAUAGGAAGAGUCGACGAACAAGACAGUGCUAGAAGAAGCCCUAUCAUUGACAGAAAUAGACUUUAUGUUGGCUCCACUGUCCAAAUAAACAAACGAAAACUGUCAAGAAAAGGGGAAAGAACUAGAAGACGUUUUAGCAAAAACAAGCUGAUAUCUAAUAGAUCUAGUGAUAAAGGACAUAAGAAGGUCCCUUCAUCGAGGACUGAUGAAGACAGUGAGGUUGAACACAUUAUGGGCAGGCGGUUAGAGACGAGUUUUGAAACCCCUGUGUUGAUGGUGGAGACUGAUGUGGACUCCAAUGUGAGCUCUUCAGGGAUAGUGAGUCGGACGAGAGAGGUCAGUGACACCCCGAGUAACACGUCAUACCUCAGCGCUAAACACCUUAACUCGGCAAGGUCGUCGACGGUCAGCUGGGGAGAUAACUCUGGUGAAGAGGUUGAGGAGGAAGAGGACGACGAUCUUGGGGAUCUUAUUCAGGUGUCACAAGUGAACUUUUCGGAAAAGGAUAAGUUGCGGAAGCAAAGCCGACCUAUUCUUGCUAAAGAACCACGGAAAUUUCAAAGAUCUCCCAGGCCGCGUCACGCCAAACCAAACGCCCAAGCCCCACUUCCGCCAAUCGGGUCAAAGUUCAGCGAGACUGUUACAAGAUAUGGCGAGAGUAUUUCGAGACUCGGCGAGAUUGAUGACCGAGGGGACGAGGAGUCGAAAUCCCGCCAAGAAAUUAGAACUGGCCGCAUGAGGCCGUGGAUGAAACCCGCGGGUCAGACUUUCAACCUUCCUAGAUUACAAGCUGAUGCUGCCAUUGGCAUGACGUCAUUACAAGCUGUUCAGGCGAGGGAGGACAUCAGUAGGGUGGUGUCUGAGAUUGAGAAGAUGCGCUGGAAUCAGGAGCAGCACGACGAGAGGGUCCACACCUACGGCCACGACAACUUCAUGAACCCAAGGAUAGUCCUGGUGUCAUCGCGCCUGCCCCGAUGUCAUUCUAUGAAGAAGGCGAUCAAGAAGGAUAAAAAUGUCAUAUUUAUUGUUUACGACUUCGAGACAUGGUCUUUCGAAGAUAUCUUAAAUGCAGUACAAAGUCGACUUGAUCAUUACCACAAGGGAUGCAAGAUGCAUUCGUGUUUACUGCUAUGUGGGGGCGGAACUGGGUUCUGUUACCUGCUGAAGAACUACGUAAUGACGCCCCAGAAACUGCAGCGGGCUGACUAUGCACCCGUCAUUGAGUUCUGGUCCAAGCUCGGGCACAUGAUCAGCAAACUGAGGCCAGAGGAGGCAGCCAUCAAUGUCAUGGGGUGUUUCUUAGAAGGAGACAAGCAAGGGAGAGAGGUGUUGGCGGUUAUAAGAAAAGCUGUACACCCAAACAUCGUGCGAGUGGACUCCCCGUCUGAACACAUGGCAGAAGGUCGUCGGGCCCUGAACCAGUAUUUCGUAUAUCGGCGUUUCCUCCUGUGGAGGAGUUCCAAUGAUGAGGUCGUCAUUAAACUAGGUCAGCUGUGUCAGGGCGAUCUGGACAGACAGCGGACGUGGUCAGAACUAGCUGAAGAUGCGGACUCGGACAGUUGACGUGGCUCGUCCCACUCCAACGUUGUCUAGUACCGGAACUACUUUCACGAAAUGAUAUGAGAGGGGCCUUAAUGAGAUACACUGAACCCCUGUUAAUCAGGACAGUACCCGGUCGUCCAUCGUACAUCGUCCAGAUUAACCAAUAUCAGGAUACACGUAUAAUGGGUACUUUCUGAUGUCCCAUAUAUAAUGUAUAGACGUUCACAGUGGUAGUUCUCCGUGAGGUUGACUUCCUCAACGUACAGGGUCCAGACUAUCAGGGUUUCACUGUAUAGGAAAGUUGAUUUGUGAUGAUCUCAUCGAUGUGUUUCAGUGACUAAAUGGAUUUACUCACACUGAUCACAUAUAUUUUCCAACUUACCAGCUUGCGUAGAAUUAUAGGAGGGAAAUAAUUUCAUAGGAUUUAACAACUGACCAAUAGCCAUUGGUGUCGUUGGUGGUCUAUAUGAUGUGCAAAUUGUUACAAAAAGAGCUUGUGUGUGAGUGACACCUCUAACCAGAAUAUUUCACUGUUAGGACCAGCGUCGUGAAAUACGCCUAACCUAGAUCAUCUUCCUGAGGCAAGGGAGUUAACUGACUAUAAAAGUCCAGUUAACGCCCUUGCCCCAGGAAGAUGAACCUAGCUCUGUUAUGUGCCAUUAUAUAUAUACACAAUGAUAACCGAUCGAUUAAUACGGUAAGAUGACUAAUAGAUGUCAUUGUUUGAAGGACUUUUGGAUAUACGUGUUGUUACCUGUAAUCCACAUAUAUAGUCUAGUGUACAUGCAAACAUUCACUUAUUUGUUAAGCAUACAUAAAUGAUUUCAUGAUGUAACGUCACUGGCCUGUUUGACUGACUAAGCGACGGAUCAGUCAACCUGCCAUGAAUGUAUUACUGUAUUAAGGUGAAGUGUAUAUAUUUUACCUAUAUUUGUGUGCAAAUUUUGCAUGUACAUUACACCUCUACAUGACUUGACGAGCAAUUUUUGUUGUGCUUAUUUUGCUGAACACAAAUUAUAUUCAAAUAAAUAUUUUCAACAUA